AUGCAUUCAAAUGAAAGGUUAACAGAUCCAUUGUAUAUCCAGGUUGAAGUAGGAAGAAGUGAAGAUGAUGAAACAGAACAAUCUCUUCUGCAUCUGCAAGCUUACAGCUCAUUUGGUGAAAUUUCUCUACUUUGCAACAGCCCAGUACCUUACACAGUUCAAGUUAGCGAACUCUCAAAACUAUUAUGGCUUGAUAAGCAAUCUUUCACAGACAUCCUUGAUAUGUACUUCUUUGAUGGCCAGACAAUUAUAAAUAACCUUCUCGAGGGAAAAGAAUCGAAUCUUCGGAACAAGAUAUUAGAGUCUGACUUUAUAAUUCAUAUCCAGCAACAUGAAUCCGAGUUGGCUAUGAGGUUGAACUAUGCUGCUCAUGAUGGAGAUCUGUGUCGACUAAGGCAUUUGGUUGAAGCAGGAGCAGAUCCCAAUAAGACAGAUUAUGAUGGAAGAUCACCUAUGGUAUGA